CCUUUCAGCAGAACAAUGAAUCCGUUUCUGGAUCUUCUCCUGUUUUUGGCUACGCUCCUCUACGCCUACUUAGAGGCUUUCGUGAAGCUCUUUGUCCCCGCGAAGAGAAAGUCUGUCAGCGGAGAGCUCGUUCUCAUCACGGGUGCCGGCCAUGGCAUAGGGAGAGCGACUGCCUUGGAGUUCGCCAAGCGUCAGAGCAGGCUGGUUCUCUGGGACAUCAAUAAGCACGGCGUCGAGGAGACGGCAGCAGAAUGCGAAAGGCUGGGAGCCACUGUCCAAGCCUUCGUGGUGGACUGCAGCAAAAGGGAGGAGAUCUACAGCACCGCAGAGAAGGUGAAAAAGGACAUUGGGGAUGUCUCCAUCCUGGUGAAUAACGCUGGUGUGAUUACCGCUGCCGACCUGCUCUCGACUCAGGACCACCAGAUUGAAAGAAUGUUUGAAGUCAACACUCUUGCUCACAUCUGGACCACAAGAGCUUUUCUGCCAGCCAUGAUGAACAACAACCACGGUCACAUUGUCACGGUGGCUUCGGCAGCAGGUCAUUUCGUGACUUCUUUCAUGGUGGCUUAUUGUUCAAGCAAGUUUGCUGCGGUUGGAUUUCAUAAAGCUCUGACAGAGGAGCUGUCUACCCUGGGAAAGGACGGAGUAAAAACUUCAUGUCUUUGUCCGGUUUUUAUAAACACUGGAUUUGUCAAAAACCCCCAUACAAGGCUUGGGAAGAUUUUGGAGAUUGAAGAAGUUGUAGAGGCCCUGAUGGAAGGAAUACUGACCAACCAAAAAAUGAUUUUUGUUCCUUCAAGUCAACGCAUUGCUUUACUUUUUGAAAGGUUGUUUCCAGAACGAGCCUUGGCUGUUCUGAAAAAGCUGACCGACGUCAAGUUUGAUGCUGUCGUUGGGCAGAGAAGCAGCCAGUGAAAAGCAAAAAUCAA